CAGGUGGCAACCCUACCCGUAUUCGCACGCCUGUUGCUUGUUCUGCCUCUUCUGAUGUUUUUGUAAAUUAUUUCCUUGAAUUGGACUAAUUUUGGUUUAUUAAAAUAGGUGGCACAGAAACGUGUUGCGAAAGUGUAAAUAAUGGAGUCCAAGUAUUUGGCCACCAGCAAGGGCGAUGCAGGGGGUCCAUCGCCCGUGAAAUUCUCUAUUAAACGGAAACACGAUGCCCUGAACAAUAGUCCUGUAAUUGAGAAGAAACCGCAUGUAGCUCAAAUAAGGCAGAAGAUAGCACCAAUUCUACUGACCAGCAAGAGAACCUCAAUCGAACAGCACCAGAGAUCAUUGCCUGUCUUCAACUGCCGCCAGAGGAUCCUCAAGGAACUGGAACAGAACGACACGGUGCUAAUCAUGAGUGAGACGGGAUCGGGAAAGACCACCCAAAUCCCACAGUUUCUCCUCCAGGCUGGUUAUGCCAAAAACGGAAUGAUUGGGAUAACCCAACCUCGUAGAGUGGCGGCCAUAACCGUUGCCCGUCGAGUUGCCCAGGAAUUAUCGGGAAAUAUUGGAGAUACGGUGGGCUAUACGGUUCGAUUCGAGGAUGCCACCUCAAAGGCCACCAAAAUACGAUUUCUCACCGAUGGCGUUUUGCUGCGAGAGUCCAUCAAGGAUAGGCUUUUGCUCAAAUACUCUGUGAUCAUUCUGGACGAAGCUCACGAAAGAACAGUCAAUGCUGAUCUAUUGUUUGGUAUAGUAAAGGAUGCCCAGAAGGAGAGGCGGAAGAAAAAGCUGGGCAAUCUAAAGGUUGUUGUUACAUCGGCUACCAUGGAUAUAGAUCACUUUGGAAAGUACUUCAAUUGCAAGGGAAUGUAUCUGGAGGGCAGGACUUAUCCCGUCCGGGUGAUGCACACCAAGGAGGAACUCGAGGAUUAUGUGCACACCGUGCUGGUUACUCUCUUUCACAUUCAUCGCACCACUCCGAGAAACCAUGACGUUUUGAUAUUCCUAACAGGGCAAGAGGAAAUUGAAUCAUUGGCCCAACAAAUCCGCCAGCUUGCAAAGAUGGACAUGAGUGGAACUACGGAUCUCCGCGUAUUUACUUUAUACGCCCAAUUAUCGCAGGGCAAACAAUUGGAGUGCUUUGUCCCAACACCGGCCAACGUUCGGAAAGUAAUAUUGGCCACAAACAUUGCCGAAACCUCGAUUACCAUACCGGGCAUCCGUUGUGUGAUUGAUUGUGGAUUUGUGAAAGAGAAAUCUUUCAACAGCGCCGACGGAUUGGAUGUUCUAAAGUCCGUGCGGAUAUCUAGGGCUCAGGCCUGGCAGAGAACAGGACGAGCAGGUCGCGAUGCAGAUGGAACUUGCUACAGGGCUUAUACCAAAAGAGAAAUGGAUUCGUUUGCCGAUGCCACACAGCCAGAGAUCCUGAGAACGAACCCUACCUCAAUGGUGCUGCAGCUACUCGCCUUAGAUAUUGAUUGCAAUAAUUUUGACUUCCUAGACGCUCCCCUUGAAGAGGGACUAAGGAGUGCCUACAAAAGUCUAGAGGCCCUGGGCGCUAUUAAAGUUGGAGCAGUGUCACAAAUUACACCUCUGGGUCGUCAAAUGGUCCAGUAUCCCUUGGACCCGAAAUAUUCAAAGCUGCUGCUAACUGCAUCUUCCUUCGGCUGCAUGGAGGAGAUCCUAAGCCUCGUCUCUGUCCUAUCGAGUGAUCAUGUUUUCGUUUCUAAUAGCGACAAAAAUGAAAUGGCCGCCCUGGCUCAUGCUAAAUUUCAAUCUAAACAUGGCGAUCAUUUAACGCUACUAAAUGUAUUUAAUGCAUUUUCUAAGACAGAAAAGCCAAAGAUGUGGUGCCAUGACAACUAUUUAAAUCUGCGUAGCUUAACCUACGCCCGAAAUGUUCGUCGCCAGUUAACUGAAAUAAGUGAGCGACUACAUCUAGCCCUAAACAGCUCGGAUGACAUUGAAACGCUAAAGAAAUGCAUCUUAAAUGGGUUUUUCGAAAACAUUGCCGUCUUGCAACGAGAUGGCUUCUACAUAACCGUUUCCGGCAAUAUUAAGGCCAAAAUCCAUCCGUCAAGUGUUCUGCAUGGAAAGUACAAGCCUAGCUACAUACUCUUCACCGAAAUUGUCCAGACGGAACAAACAUUUCUUCGCCAAGUCACUGAGAUAUCCAUUGAAUGGAUCCAGGAAAUUGUGCCGUUUGUUAAAAAUAUACCAACAAGAUAAAAUAAAGUACAAAGCUGUUGAAAAUAA